GGGGGUUGAGAACGGAAUGGCGCGUGUUGGGCGAGUUGGUGCGUUCGAGGACGUCGCUGUGCUGGCAUCGCGUGCUGGAGCUUUCUGAUACUCGUUUCUGAUACUCGCAUUGAGAUAAAGCAGAGCUGCGCCGCCGCGACUCGACUCGACUCGACUGUCCAGCUCGCCAGGGCCCAGCACCGCCGCAACUCGACUCGAUUGUCGACGGCCCACCGCCGCAAUGGCGCUCCGCAUCCCGUUCCUCGGCCGCCUGCACCUGCGCGAGUAUUUUGCGCUGGUGCUGUCGAUUCUGCUGAUUGCGCUCGAGAGCGUCAUCGCCGUCAUCACGCUCGCGCUGCCGACCCCGAUCAUCAACGCCUGCUACCGCAUCACCCGCCGCGUCUUCAACCAGCUCUCGUCGCCGUCGUCGCGCCGGUCGCGCGACAGCAAGAAGGAUGUGUGGAGCGCGAUUGCCAACGCCGGCGACUUCGCCGAGCUGUGCGACAUCUACGGCUACUACUGCGAGGAGCACAUUGUGCAGACGGGCGACGGCUACCUGCUGGGCCUGCACCGCCUGGGGUGGAAGCGCGGCGAGGAGGGCGCGCGCGUGAACCCGGGGCCGGGCAAGGACGGCCUGCGGAAGAAGGUCGUGUACCUGCACCACGGGCUGAUGAUGAACAGCGAGGUGUGGGUGUGUCUGACGCAGCGCGAGCGCUGUCUGCCCUUCGAGCUGGUCGAGCGCGGGUAUGACGUCUGGCUGGGCAACAACCGCGGCAACAAGUACAGCAAGAAGAACAUCCACAUGGCCCCCACCGAGCCGCGCUUCUGGAACUUCAGCAUGGAUCAGUUUGCGUUUCACGACAUCCCGGACUCGAUUGCGUAUAUCCUCGAGACGACGCACCAGCCGAGUCUGAGCUAUAUUGGGUUUAGCCAGGGCACGGCGCAGGCAUUUGCGACGCUCAGCAUUCACCCUACGCUGAACGAGAAGGUCGAUGUGUUUAUUGCGCUGGCGCCGGCCAUGAGCCCGAAGGGGGUUGCGAGCGGGACUGUGGACUCCUUCGUCAAGGCCAGCCCGGACAUUUUGUAUCUGGCGUUCGGGCGGAAGGCGAUCCUGGCGUCGGCGACCAUGUGGCAGUCGAUCCUGUACCCGCCCAUCUUCGUGCGACUCAUCGACACCAGUCUAAAGUUUCUGUUCAACUGGACCGCGGUCAACAUCUCCCCCGACCAGAAGCUGGCGAGCUACCCGCAUCUGUACUCGUACACGUCGACCAAGAGCGUGGUGCACUGGUUCCAGAUCAUCCGCAACGGCGUGUUCCAGAUGUACGACGACGAGGCCCCCAGCCCCAUGACCAACCGCUCCAAGUACUACAAGGUCGCCAAGUUCCCCACCCGCAACAUCAAGACGCCCAUCGUCCUGGUCUGGGGCGGCUCCGACAGCCUCGUCGACAUCAACGUCAUGCUCAAGGAGCUCCCGCGCCACACCAUCGCCAAGGAGAUCCCGCACUACGAGCACCUCGACUUCCUGUGGGCGUCGUCGGUCGACAAGCUCGUCUUCCCGCACGUCUUCGACGCCCUCGACAAACACGCCGCCGCCGCUCCCACCUAUAAGCCGGACUCCCUCCGCUCGCCCGUCCACUUCACAAAACCGCUCGCCUCGCCGCGCCAACCCGCCCCCUCUGACCCCAACGCCAGCGACUCCAGCACCGCCACCACGCCCCCCGCGACCAAAGUCUCCCAAAUCACCCGCCGCACCGUGCUCUCCGACAACGAAGACACGGAGCCCAGCCCGCGCUCGCGCCUCGCACACCUGACACGCACGCCCACGCCCGCACGCCCCGCAUUCCCCUUCACCCCCGCCUCACCACCCUCCACAUCGCCCCUUGAAGCGCUCAAAGAGCCGUCCCCCAGCGUGACAAAGGUGCUCGCGCUCUCCCCCGCGCCGUCCCAUCUCACCUCGCAAACCGCGUCUUCGCGCCCCGAGGGCUGGUGGUCCAGCGACGACCCCGAACCCGCGAGCACCGAGCCCGAGCCCAGCACCCCCAACCCCGUUAAAACAGCGCGCUCGCGCCGCAGCAUGGAGAGUCUGGGCAGUCUGGGGAGUCGCGGGAGUCAGGGUCAGGGGCGGUCGGGGAGGAUUGUUGGGGAGCGCGGGAUUAGUCUCGGGAGUGCGAAGGCGGUUAGUGCUGUUGUUGCGGGGGAGGGGGUGGGGGAGUCAGGAGGUGGUGGAGGGGGGAAGAGGGUUAGUUGGGGGAGUGGGAGUGAGGAGAUGGCGGGGAAGGAGAUAGCAUCGGCAACGGGAAUGGGGACGGGAAAGGACGCGGGGAAGGGGGAGGCAAAGGGGAAGGCCGCGAAGAGGAGGAGUGGGAGUGUGCUGUCCGCGUGAGUUUGAGGGCGGGGUGUGAGUUGGGCUGUGGGCUUUGGGCGUAGACUGUGCUAUGCCGUGCGUUUGAGACGCACGCCCUGGUUUUUUUCUUUCUUGUGUGUUGGUUUUUUCUUGAGGGGUUGAAAUGUUAGAAGAGGGGUUCUGCGCUCGCGCGUACUGCGUGGUUUGCUU